AUGUCUUCGUCUCCGUCGGCGGACAGCUCUGCCCCGCACCUCCGCAAGCCCCUUGGCUCUAGCAAGGGCGCGGGCAGCGAUAUGUCCAUGAUGUUCUUCGCCCAGCCCGACUGCCCCGAGGCUAUCGCCCGCGUCCUCCUGCCGGUGCCCUCGUGGCUGCUCGAGGCCGACUACGCACCCCUCCGGGCCGAGGGCGACGACCUGGGCCCCUCUCUCUUCUUUAGCCUAAACCUCUCUAUCUACGGCCAGCCAAUCGUCGACACGGACUGGUCCGAGCAAUGGUUCUUUAUGAGCGGCCGCGUUCACCCCUACGCCCUCGCCUGGGAGGUGGAGCGCCGCGACGGUCUUGAGGCCGGCCCAGACGAUACCGUCCUCUACACAGUGCCCGCCCUUAUCGUCCGCGACCAAGGCUACCAGCCCGUCCUCCACGCUCCUUGGCCUCUGGCGGCCAGUUCCCGUCUCGGGCCCGACCAGCUCCGCUGCUGCGGCUUCGUCCGGCUCACUACCUACAUCACCCCUGGCCUGCCGGACCGGAUUCCCUUUAAGGGCUACCACCCCUUCCAGGUCUUUGUUAUCUUUCCCAUCUAUGCUAACCCUUGGGCCGUGCUAUGCAAGAAAAUUGCUGAAAGGCCUAACUCUUCCUUCCUGCCCGGCGUCCCCUUUACCUGCACUGGAAAGGUCGUCGGCCUUCUCGACCACCGUCUUAUGCUCUGCCCCCCGGGCUCAGAGCGCGAUUACGUCUUUAUCGUCGUCCCGGACAGCUGGAACUUUGUCGACAGGCCCUCGGCGGCCGCCUCCGCCUCGGCUUCCCCCCUUGCUACGCCCCUUAAACGUCAGACCCUAUCCGCCUCCUCUACCUUUGAUUCCGUCCGCGCCGCCUUGUACUCCGUUGCUGCGCCGGCCUCGGCUGCGUCGGCUCCCCUUCCUUGGCCUCGGCCCCGACCGCCCUCGACCCCGUCACACCACCGCCUAAGCGCUCCCACCCGGCCCUUGCCGAUACGCCCAUGA